AUGCGCAAGGAGACUUCAGUUUCUUGGUUCGUCACCCCAAAAGGACGAAUGUUUAUGAUGGGCACUGCAGGUUUUACAACAGUUGCAUUAUUUGGUUUGCAAUUUGUUCCACAUACUAUGGGAUUAAAUAAAUACUUUGAUAUUGUUACAAUGCGAAGAUUGGGAAACCCAAUACCGUUAACAUCAAACCUCGAGAAACUAUGGAACCAAGUAUUAAGCGACAUAAAAAUAAGCGAUUACCACAGAGAAAUUUUACGUCCAUUCAUGGUUUUCGGAUACGAUUCCUGGCACGCCGGAAGCCUGUACUCUCGCUUUGGAGCAUUGAUCGGAAUCCCAACGAACUUUGUUUACGAAAAAGUGUCUUCUAUAGACAAAGACAGUAUAGUCGUCAACGACGACCCAGUAGACUGGACUCGUAAAGAUGCCAAAGAGUUGCUGAAUGCUCUAAUUUUGUCGGACGAAGCCAAAAAGUACGCGGUGGCCCGUGAAAUAAUGAUGGUCAACAAUAGGUUCAUUUACUACGAGGCAGCCGCUAACGGUAUUUUAUCCUUUGCGUGUUAUCAUAGUGCUUCUAAAUGGAAUGAAACUAGGGGUCUCCUGGAAAAACCUUUUGGCAUUCGUGCCUUUUUUUACGUUUGCUUUGCUGCGUUCUACUGGGGAAUCUGGGCCAUGCAGAGAGAUGCUUUGACUCGGCACUACGAGUUUGCUGCUGACAAAAAAUUGUCUGAACUCGGUCCAGAGUACGUCAGAGGUGGACUUGAAUUUUAUGAUAAGACUUUGCAGCGCAAUACUGCUCUGAGAAGUUUGCUCGGUGAGAGAGGCAACAAACUCUACACCGCCAUGGGUAACGACCACUCAUUCUUCCGUCAAAAACACCUGCCUUAUACUCAGAGAAAAUAUUUCUUCGAAGAUAUUGUUAAGCAAUUCCAUAAUUCUGCUGAUAAACUUUAA